ACUUUACAGGAAGUUAGGAACAUUCUACACUCUUCUGGUUACAAUUUGUUUGUCCCUUGUUCCCGAAGCUUCAGUUUAUUUGUCUCAGCGUUCAGUAAAACCCCAUUUGUACAAUCGCCAGACGAAACCCCAUUUGCACAUAAGAAUUGCCGUAAGGAAGAAAAAGGAAGAGCAUGGCGACACGUAGGUCUGCUCUCGCGGCCCUUAAGGCGUCUCGUUCCCGCGUACUGUCUCAGUCUCGUCCAGCAGUCUCUCGUCUCUCUGAGAAUAGAAUACUUGGCGGCAGCACCGCACCGCUUUGCAAUGGGUUUGUUAUUGCAGAAAGAAGUGCGGCCAGUUCUAAUGUUUGGAGGAAUUAUGACUUGUUUGCCAAGAUUUUCUUACGCUCAUACUCCACUGCUAGCUCUGGACAGAUCAAUAAUACGGACUACACAGAGAUGGCUCUUGACGCUAUUGUUGGUGCUGUAGAAGCAGCACGGACCAACAAGCAACAAGUAGUUGAGACUGAGCACUUAAUGAAAGCUCUUUUGGAGCAGAAGGAUGGGUUGGCUCGAAGGAUAUUCACGAAGGCUGGGUUGGACAACACAUCAGUACUGCAAGAAACAGAUAAUUUUAUAUCUCAGCAACCGAAGCAGGUUGUAGGUGAUACUAGUGGCCCAAUAAUGGGUUCACAUCUUAGUUCCCUCCUAGAGAAUACGAAGAAGCAUAAGAAGGCAAUGGAAGAUUCUUAUAUGUCUGUGGAACAUAUGUUGCUAGCUUUUUUUUCAGACAAAAGAUUUGGUCAAAAGUUAUUUAGGGAUCUCAAGCUUACAGAGGAGGCUUUGAAGGAUGCUGUCAAUGCUAUUCGUGGAAGUCAGAGAGUAACUGAUCCGAACCCAGAGGGAAAAUAUGAGGCACUGGAUAGAUAUGGAAAUGACUUAACUGAACUUGCCAGACGUGGUAAACUUGACCCGGUAAUAGGAAGAGAUGAUGAAAUACGGCGCUGCAUCCACAUAUUAAGUCGGAGGACAAAGAACAAUCCUGUAAUUAUUGGUGAGCCUGGAGUGGGGAAAACUGCAAUUGCUGAAGGGUUAGCUCAAAGGAUAGUACGUGGAGAUGUUCCUGAACCUUUGAUGAAUCGGAAGUUGAUAUCUCUCGAUAUGGGUGCCUUGCUUGCUGGUGCAAAGUACCGUGGAGAUUUUGAGGAGAGGUUGAAAGCUGUUUUAAAGGAAGUCUCUGCAUCCAAUGGGCAGAUUAUAUUGUUUAUUGAUGAGAUACACACUGUAGUUGGUGCAGGAGCUACUAGCGGGGCCAUGGAUGCAGGGAAUUUGUUGAAACCCAUGCUUGGUCGGGGUGAACUUAGAUGUAUUGGAGCAACCACUUUGAAUGAAUAUAGGAAGUACAUUGAGAAGGACCCUGCUCUAGAGCGUAGAUUUCAACAAGUAUAUUGUGGCCAACCUUCUGUGGAAGAUACAAUUUCUAUCCUCCGUGGAUUGCGUGAACGAUAUGAGCUGCAUCAUGGCGUUAAAAUAUCAGACAGUGCUCUUGUGUCAGCUGCAGUUCUUGCAGAUCGAUAUAUCACUGAGCGAUUUUUGCCGGAUAAAGCAAUUGACCUUGUUGAUGAAGCUGCUGCAAAACUAAAGAUGGAAAUUACUUCAAAGCCAACUGAAUUAGAUGAGAUAGAUAGGACUGUGAUGAAGUUGGAAAUGGAGAAACUGUCUCUGAAGAGUGACACGGAUAAAGGAUCCAAAGAAAGAUUGAACAAGCUAGAAAGUGAUUUGAACUCCUUUAAGCAAAAGCAGAAAGAGUUAAACGAACAGUGGGAACGCGAGACAGCUCUGAUGACACGCAUACGUUCUAUAAAGGAAGAGAUUGACAGGGUGAAUUUAGAGAUGGAAGCUGCUGAACGUGAUUAUGACUUGAAUCGUGCUGCUGAACUCAAGUAUGGAACCCUAAUUACCCUUCAACACCAGCUAGAAGAAGCAGAGAGAAACCUUGCUGACUACCGGAAGUCUGGGAGUUCAAUGCUUCGCGAAGAAGUAACAGAUCUUGAUAUUAUUGAAAUUAUAAGCAAGUGGACGGGCAUACCAUUAUCAAACCUUCAGCAGUCUGAGAGAGACAAGCUUGUCUUUUUAGAAAAUGAACUUCACAAAAGAGUUAUUGGUCAGGAUAUGGCAGUAAAAUCUGUAGCUGAUGCAAUCAGGCGAUCCAGGGCAGGCCUAUCCGAUCCAAAUCGGCCCAUUGCAAGCUUUAUGUUCAUGGGCCCUACAGGAGUUGGCAAAACUGAACUUGGAAAGGCUCUUGCUGCUUACCUUUUCAAUACUGAAAACGCUUUGGUGCGUAUUGACAUGAGUGAAUACAUGGAGAAACAUGCUGUUUCACGGUUGGUUGGUGCACCACCAGGUUAUGUUGGAUAUGAAGAGGGUGGGCAACUCACCGAAGUGGUCCGUCGGAGGCCUUACUCUGUGAUCCUAUUUGAUGAAAUUGAGAAAGCACAUCAUGAUGUGUUCAACAUUCUCUUACAGUUGUUGGACGAUGGAAGAAUAACUGAUUCUCAAGGGAGGACUGUUAGUUUCACAAACACUGUUGUAAUAAUGACAUCAAACAUUGGGUCACACUACAUUCUUGAGACUCUUCGGAACACUCAAGAUAGCCAGGAGGCAGUUUAUGAUUUGAUGAAAAAGCAGGUUAUUGAAUUGGCAAGACAGACCUUCCGUCCCGAGUUUAUGAAUCGAGUUGAUGAAUAUAUUGUUUUCCAGCCUCUGGACCUUAAGCAAGUUAGCAGAAUUGUUGAGCUCCAGAUGAGAAAGGUGAAGGAUAGACUCAAACAGAAGAAAAUUGAUCUUCACUACACACAGGAAGCUAUCAGUCUGUUGGCGAAUAUGGGCUUCGACCCCAACUAUGGAGCUCGGCCUGUUAAACGAGUUAUUCAGCAGAUGGUUGAGAACAAAGUAGCAAUGGGAGUUCUUAGAGGAGAUUAUGUGGAAGAAGACAUGAUUAUCGUUGAUGCUGAUGCUUCACCUCAGGCUAAGGACCUUCCUCCCCAGAAGAGACUGUUGAUAAGGAAAAUUGAGAAUGGUUCUAACAUGGAUGCCAUGGUUGCCAACGAUUGAAAGUGCAACCUAGAAGAGUGUUCGUGUACAACAAUAUCUCUUUCAAACGGUAUAUUUGGAUUAUUGCCAUCCACCCAGAUUGCCGCCACCUGAUCUACUGAUGGUGUGUUAUACACUCGUUGAUCUAAUGAAGCAUUUACAGCUAUGCGUAUUUCUAGAUUCUGAUAGCCUGUAUGUUCUUUAAGCUGCGAGAAGAAUUCUGCAUAUAGAUUUUUCUGCAUGAUUUUUCUUAAUUUCCUCAUGACUCCCUCUGAUAAAUUGGUAUUUUGUAGUACGGACAUUCUAUUUGCUAAUUCAUUGUCUGUAUCUUAGAAGUAUAGUUGAAAAUAACAAGGUCUGUCAUUCUUCGGGAUUAAUGAUGGUAGAUCAUGGUCUACCUGUCCUUGUGCCUUGAAACUGUAUACUCCUCUCCUGGAAGAUGUAAGUCUUUAUCUAGCUUUACUCCAAAUGAUGUAAAAGCAAAUAUGCUAUUAUAUGCUCUUAUAUUUUUCC